UUUGGUCUGAUGAUCAUACUCUAUUCUUCUUGGUUGAAUGCAUGAUGACGUUAUGGUUCUAAAGAUUCAUUUUGAGUCCAUUCACAUGAUUGUAACGCGUGAGAUUAUCAUAUUAAACGAAAUUUUAGCAUGGUUUUGUAACCUUAAUCGGUAAAGUUUUGGUCCUUGGAGAGUUUCAUUCCUUUUGAGUUUUGUUAUUGUUGAGAACUUGUGUCACUUCUUAUAUCUGAUCUUGCCAAGGGAUGAUCAAAGCAUAUGUUUUGUGUUCUGUCCUCCUCUCGCUCGAUUUUGUUGUGUCCUUUUUUCAUCUGGAUUUGAUUUCUAGUUGCUGAUAGAAAACGAUGAAACAGGGAAAGAUUGAAAGCAAAGGGCUUAACCCUGGACUGAUCGUACUUCUUGUGAUUGGAGGGUUGCUAGUUGCAUUCCUUGUGGGAAACUUCAUCCUUUACACAUACGCGCAGAAGAAUCUGCCUCCGAGGAAGAAGAAGCCGGUUUCUAAGAAGAAGAUGAAGAAAGAGAAGCUCAAGCAAGGCGUUCAAGUUCCUGGCGAGUAGAUACCUGUUGUUUGUUUACUUGAGAUGAUACUUUAGCAGAUUACCCACUUUGCAGAAAUAGACUCUUUUUUAGCUGUGUAUUUUAAGAUAUUAGCAUGAUGCUUCUUGAACUGAAAAUGAAUCCACAACUCUAUAAGCUUUACUGAGAUAAUGUCAUUCCAAACUUGAAAUAGC